UUGGACUCAGCUCAGCCACUGCAGAGGAAACAAUGACUUCAACUCAAAAGGGAAGGGAUUUGGUGUGUGGUAAACAGGAACAACAUGGAGCCAGAAGUCAGCGCUCUCAGGAGGCCGACAAACCUCACAGAAGAAAGAGAGAGAAAAAACACAGCUGUGAGUUGUGUGGAAAAUCUUUUACCCGGGCUGAACGCCUAAAAACACACCAAGUCAUCCACAGUGGAGUUAAACCUUACAGCUGUGAAUUGUGUGGAAAGUCUUUUACCCAGGAUGGAAGCUUAAAAUCACACCAAGUCAUCCACAGUGGAGUUAAAGCGUACAGCUGUGAUCACUGUGGUAAAGCCUUUGCUCACAGUAGGUACUUACGAAUUCAUCAAGUUGUUCACUCUGGAAUCAAGCCAUACGGUUGUGACAUUUGUGGAAAAACUUUCACCCAGUCAGGGCACCGAAAUGUUCACCGGCGCAUUCACACCAAAAAUGAUGUUUACUGCUGUGAUCAGUGUGGAAAAGUCUUUGUGAACUCAAAAGAUUUAGAGAGCCACAUGUUUACCCACACUGAGGAGAGACCUUACAAAUGUGACUUGUGUGAGAAGGCUUUUAAAGAGCCACGUUCGCUGAAAAAACACCAAAAAAUUCACACCAGAAAGAGACUCUACAAGUGCAGUUACUGUGAGAAGCAGAGCGACACAGAUGGAUCCAGUUCUCAACCCUGUGAGCACUGUGGUGGUGGGAAAGAGUUUCUUUGUGACCUUUGUGGAAAAACUUUCAGUAAUCGUGGGAGCCUAAGAAAACAUCAACUUAGACACACUGGAGGCAAAAUGAACUACUGCAACGAAUGUGGGAGAGGCUUUACUACUGCAGGUGACCUAAACCUGCAUAAACGAGUCCACACAAGAGAGAAACCAUACAAGUGCAGACACUGUGACAAAAGCUUCUCACAAUCAGCUCAUUGUAAAACACAUGAACGUACACACAUUAAAGGGAACUUCAGCUGUGACCAGUGUGACAAGACCUUCAGAAAUCUCAGUUCAUACACCACACACAAACGAUCCCACGCUGCAAAUAAACUGUUUCACUGUUACCAAUGUGCAAAAGCAUUCACUUCAUUAUCUGCUCUGCGCAAACAUCAGCGUAGUCAUGAAAUUAUUCCCAUCAAUGGAUCACAAUGAAUCUGAAGAGACAGAAAGAUCCUCUUCUGGUUUCAGGGUCAGACUUAAACACCUUGAGAUCAGGCUCCACAGAGUUCAGGUGGAGUCUCCUGUAAAGAGUGCAGCUGAUGUCACACUUGGAUCUGAUGAGGUAGCUCUGAUUUCUGGACCUGCAGUAAACGCACUGAAUGUUAAAUUUAGGUAGUAUGGAGAUAAACAUAAAGUUUAUUUUCCUUUGAGCGAUAUUAGUGCUUUUUAUCCCUGUCACAUUUUAAUCUUUGUUCCCUUAGUAGUGUGUAGUAGUUGUACUUUUUAUUGUAUUAUAAAAGUUAUAGGAAUGUGUUUUUUACCAAACUGAUAUUGCAUGAAAACUGCAGAUGUGGAUAAUAAUAACUUCAUAAAGCAUUUUCAAACAAAAUACCAAGCAGCUAUUUUACAUACGGUGGUCAUUUAUCACAGGAGUUAUGUUCUAAAAAUAACCCACGAUAGGUGGGGCACAGGGGACGUCCAGAAAUAGGGGCUCUUUACACAUGAGGAAAUCGUCACAGUUCCAAAACACAACACACCAGCAACUCCACUCGCCCAGGGUUUUAAGGGAAAGAGAAUCCUGCGCACAGGAACAAGCGGUUAAUCCAGAAAGAUAAAACGAAGAAACAACUUGAAACUAGGGUACGGAAGCUUACAACCGAGGUUACUCAAUAGUCCAACCAUGAGAUGUUUCCCACCACUGCCUUAAGUAGUG